CCCUUCAGGUGCUUGGAAUGUGGGAAGAGCUUCAGGAGGAGCUUCAAUCUGAUCCAACACCAGCACAUCCACACUGGGGAACGUCCCUACAGGUGUGGGGAAUGUGGGAAGAGCUUCAGGACCAACUCCACCCUGAUCCAGCACCGUCGCAUCCACACUGGGGAACGGCCCUAUUCGUGUGGCGAAUGUGGGAAGAGCUUCAGGCAGAGCUCCCACCUGAUCCAACACCAGCAAAUCCACACUGGGAAACGACCCUUUAGGUGCUUGGAAUGUGAGAAGAGCUUCAGGACAAGCUCCCACCUGAUCCGACACCAGCACAUACACACCAGAGAAUGGCCCUACACGUACAGGGAAUGUGGAAAAAGCUUCAGUAACAGCUCCAACCUUCUCACCCACCAGCACAUCCACAGUGGAGAACAGCUCUACAUAUGUGGGGAAUGUGGGAAGAGCUUCAACCGAAACUCCAAGCUGAUCCGACACCAGCGCAUCCACACUGGGGAACGUCCCUACAUGUGUGGGGAAUGUGGGAAGAGCUUCAGUGACAGCUCCACCCUCCGCACCCACCAGUACAUACACACUGGGGAACGGCCCUACACGUGUGGGGAAUGUGGCGAGGGCUUCAAGAAAAGCUCCAAUCUGAUCCAACACCAGGCCAUCCACACUGGGGAACGUCGCUACACGUGUGGGGAAUGUGGGAAGAGCUUCAGGGACAGCUCCACCCUCCGCACCCACCAGUACCUACACACUGGGGAACGGCCCUAUACAUGCGGGCAAUGUGGGAAGAGCUUCACGAAGAGCUCCCACCUCCUCAUCCACCAGCGUAUCCACACUGGGGAACGUCCCUACAAGUGCUUGGAAUGUGGGAAGAGGUUUCAGCAAAGCGCACAUCUCCUCCUGCAUGAGCGGACACACACGGAUGAGAGGCCCUUCCGCUGCACCGACUGCGGGAAGGGCUUCAAGCACAACUCCGCCCUCGUCAGGCACCGGCGCAUCCACACCGGGGAGAGGCCCUACAAGUGUGGGGAGUGUGGGAAGAGCUUCACCCGCAGCUCUUACUUGACCUCACACCAACAGACCCACAAGAAGGGAAAGCCCUACGAGUGCCCCAACUGCGGAAGAGCCUCG